AUGUCGAAUACCGCAACUACUGACAGGUCUACUGAAGACUCUGAGUAUGUGGACGAGAAGCAGACCAAUAUUUCCCAGGGUAACACCGAUGUUGACUACACUUCCAAAGAACAUGACCUUACGAAACUUGAUUCGAAGCGUGUGACUGCCGAAAAAUCACUGGGUGAAGAUGAUCCAUUCAAGAACAUCCCUCCGGCAGAGGCUGAGAUCCUGCGACGACAAGUUGAGGUACCGCCCGUUCAAGUUGGUAUCAAGACCUUGUAUCGCUAUGCGACUACCACCGACUUGAUCAUUAUUGCAAUCUCCGCUCUUUGCGCCAUCGCUGCUGGUGCUGCUCAACCGUUGAUGACUGUUAUCUUCGGUAACCUUGCUGGUCAAAUUUCUUCGUUCUCCGCUGGCGGCAGUGCGUUGGAAGACUUCCGCAGCAAACUCUCUCACAAUGUCCUUUACUUCGUCUACUUGGCUAUUGCUAAGUUCUUCACAACCUACAUCUCGACUGUUGGAUUCAUCUACACCGGAGAGAAGAUCAGCGCACGGAUUAGAGAGGAGUAUCUCGCUGCUUGCUUGCGCCAGAACAUUGGCUUCUAUGACAAGCUCGGUGCGGGUGAGAUCACCACUCGCAUCACAGCUGAUACGAACCUUAUCCAAGAUGGUAUUUCCGAAAAAGUCAGCCAGAGUCUCGCUGCGAUCGCAACUUUCAUCACCGCCUUCAUCAUUGCUUUCGUCAAAUACUGGAAACUCGCCCUGAUUCUCUGCUCCAUCAUCGUUGCGAUUGUGGUCGUUUUGGGUGGCUGCGGCAAGUUCAUGGUAAAGUACAACAAGCAAUCACUGUCUGCUUAUGCCCUUGGAGGAACCGUGGCCGAGGAGGUUCUUUCGUCCAUUCGAAACGCCGUGGCCUUUGGCACACAAGAGAAGCUGGCUUUGCAGUACGAUGCGCACUUGGCCGAAGCUCAAAAGUGGGGCUUUAGACAGAAGUCUGUUCUGAGCGGUAUGAUGGGAUUCGCCAUGUGGGUGGUCUAUCUCAGCUACGGCUUAGCCUUCUGGCAAGGUUCUCGCUUUCUCGUUGAUGGUGAAGUUGGCAUUGGUGCAAUUCUCACCAUCAUUCUUGCUAUGUUGAUCGCGUCUUUCAGUCUCUCCAAUGUUGCCCCCAAUGUCCAGGCUUUCACGACUGGACUUGCUGCUGCCGUGAAGGUUUUCGACACUAUUGACCGCGUCUCGCCACUUGAUCCCAAAUCAGAGACCGGUGACCGGUUGGAGCACGUUGAAGGAAGCAUUGAACUCCGCAAUGUCAAGCACAUUUACCCUUCGCGCCCCGAGGUGUGUGUCAUGCAAGAUGUCAGUCUGUCCAUUCCUGCGGGUAAGAAGACUGCUUUGGUCGGUUCCUCCGGAUCAGGAAAGUCAACGAUCGUCGGUCUCAUUGAGCGUUUCUACGACCCAGUCGCUGGUACUCUCUACCUUGACGGUCAUGACAUCUCGACUUUGAAUCUCCACUGGUUACGGCAGCAGAUUUCUUUGGUGAGCCAGGAACCAACUUUGUUCGGAACCACCAUCUUCGAAAAUAUCGCCCACGGUCUCAUCGGCACAAAGUUCGAGAAUGAGAGCGAGGAACGCCGGAAGGAACGAAUCUUCGAGGCUGCAAAGAUGGCAAACGCCCAUGACUUUGUCAGCGGACUACCGGAUGGAUAUGAGACUAAUGUUGGUGAGAAGGGUUUCCUGCUUUCUGGAGGACAGAAGCAGCGUAUUGCGAUCGCUCGUGCGAUGGUCAGCGACCCGAAGAUUCUUUUGCUUGAUGAAGCCACCUCAGCACUCGACACAAAAUCCGAAGGUGUUGUUCAAGCCGCGCUGGAAGUCGCCGCGGAGGGCAGAACCACAAUCAUCAUCGCCCAUAGAUUAUCUACUAUCAGAGAUGCCGACAAUAUUGUUGUCAUGUCCGAAGGCCGUAUUGUCGAACAGGGUACCCACCAUGAGCUCAUUGAACAGAAGGGCACAUACUGCAGUCUUGUUGAGGCACAGAGAAUCGGAGGCACAAAAGAUUCGACACCUCAAGAAGAGGAUUCACUUGAUGACGAGGCACUGUCAGAUGAGCUCAACGAUGAGAAGAGCCCCGUGGAUAAAGUUCUCUCUCGCAAGCUUACGCUCGAUCGCACCAACACGCAGAAAUCCCAGUCUAGUCAGGUUCUGCGGAAUCGUCAGCCGGAAAUUGGGCCGAGGUACUCUAUGUGGACUCUUAUCAAGUUCAUUGCCUCGUACAACAGCAGCGAAUGGAAAGUCCUGCUAGUUGGUCUUUUCUGGGCCGGUAUCUGUGGUUGUGGUAACCCAACUUCUGCUGUCCUGUUUGCGAAGGAGAUUAUUUCUAUGUCAGCUUACGGAGUAUCGGCAACUGGCGCUGAGGUUCGAUCAAGCAGUGACUUUUGGAGCUGGAUGUACUUCAUGCUGGCGUUUGUGCAAUUUAUCGCUUUUGUCUCUCAGGGUGUGAUCUUUGCCUGGUGCUCCGAGAAACUCGUCCAUCGAGUCAGAGAUGCCGCCUUCAGAAGCAUGCUUCGCCAGGAUAUUUGCUUUUUCGACAAGGACGAAAAUACCGCAGGUGCUCUUACCUCUUUCCUCAGUACUGGCACCACUAGCGUUGCUGGUCUCAGUGGCGCUACUCUGGGAUCCAUCCUUACUUGUCUGACUACACUGGUUGCCGCCAUCUCUCUUUCGUGCGCUAUUGGCUGGAAGCUGGGACUUGUGACUACAUCUACUAUCCCUGUUUUGAUUGGAUGUGGUUUCUUCCGAUUCUGGAUUUUGGCUCGAUUCCAGGCCCGUGCUAAGAAGGCCUACGAGUCCUCCGCCAGCUAUGCAUGCGAGGCCACCUCUGCCAUUCGCACCGUCGCUUCAUUGACUAGGGAAGACGAUGUUCUUGUGCACUACCAGGCUGCAUUGGCUGCGCAGGGCAAAAAGAGUCUUCACUCGGUUUUGAAGUCUUCAACCCUGUUUGCUGCGUCCGAAUCCCUCACUUUCCUUUGCAUGGCGUUGGGCUUCUGGUAUGGUGGUACCCUCAUUACCAAUGGCGAAUAUACCAUCCAACAAUUCUUCAUUUGUUUCCCUGCUAUCAUUUUCGGAGCCCAAUCCGCUGGAAGUAUGUUCGCAUUCGCACCAGACAUGGGCAAAGCACAAGAGUCCGCUCGCGAGUUGAAAACACUCAUCGACUUCAAGCCAUCAAUCGAUACUUGGUCGACCGAAGGAGAGAAGGUGAAUGAGAUCGAAGGACGCAUUGAAUUCCGUGACGUCCAUUUCCGUUACCCAACCCGGCCUGAGCAGCCUGUUCUCCGUGGUCUCAACCUCACCGUUGAGCCUGGUCAGUACGUCGCAUUGGUUGGCGCUUCGGGUUGCGGAAAGUCUACCACCAUCGCUCUUCUCGAACGUUUCUAUGAUCCACUUGUCGGAGGUGUCUUCGCCGAUGGCAAGGAGGUUUCCUCUUUGAAUCUGCCAGAAUACCGAUCAUUCCUCGCUCUUGUGUCCCAGGAACCUACUUUAUACCAAGGCACCAUUCGUGAGAACAUUCUCCUGGGUACCACUCUCAAAGAUGUCCCCGAUGAGAAAAUCGAAGUCGCGUGCCGCGAAGCGAACAUCUACGAUUUUAUCAUGUCUCUGCCAGAUGGUUUCUCUACCAUCGUCGGUAACAAGGGAGCCAUGUUGUCUGGAGGCCAGAAGCAGCGUAUCGCUAUUGCCCGUGCCCUUCUUCGGAACCCAAGAAUUCUUCUUUUGGACGAGGCUACCAGUGCGCUAGACUCGGAGUCUGAGCGGGUUGUGCAGGCUGCCCUCGAUAAGGCUGCCAAGGGACGCACUACCAUUGCUGUUGCUCACCGGUUGUCGACUAUCCAACGUGCCGAUGUCAUCUAUGUCUUUGACCAAGGCCGAGUGGUUGAGGCCGGAACACAUGGAGAGUUGAUGAAGCUUGGCGGCAAAUACUUUGAAUUGGUGAACUUGCAGAGCUUAGCAUCAUAG